CUUACUCAUUUCUCAAGACUCAACAGUCGCCACCUCUCUCUCUUUAAACUCUCUUCUUCCUCGUUGUCACCAAAAUCUUCAUUUUCAUGGCCGUUGAAGCUCGCCAUAUCGAUCUCUUCCCUUCCCAACUCAUCUCCCACAGGGAUUUCGUCAAGUCUAAUCAAGUUGGCAACAAUUUAUGCAACACCCAGAUGGAUUUUUACCUUCCGUUUGCCGAAUCAUUGCCUUGUGUUGAACCUCUUUUGCCUGCUGACAGCGGCCUCACUUACAACCUCAAUCAAACAAAUCAUCCUCCCAGAAAGAGACCGAGAGAGAAUACCAAUAAUUGUAAUUCAAUCUAUGAUCUUGAAGCCUCCCUCUCUCAAAAAUCAAAGCUUUCUUCUUUCUCAUCGUUUCUCGAUGAAGAUAUCGCCUUUCAGUUUCAGCAACAACAACAAGAAAUCGACCGCCACAUUGCCCAUCAUGUGGAGAACGUGAGAUUGGAGCUUGAAGAACGAAGAAAGAGCCAAUCGAGAAUGAUACUAUCCGCCAUUCAAGAAGCGGUUCUGAAGAAAUUGAGAGAAAAAGACGACGAGAUUCAAAGAAUGGGAAAGCUCAACUGGGUUCUUCAAGAACGAGUCAGAUCCCUCUACGUCGAGAAUCAAAUAUGGAGGGAUUUAGCCCAGAGUAAUGAGGCCACGGCAAACUCUCUGCGGUCCAAUCUCGAACAAGUCCUACAGGCUCAUAUCUCCACCGAGGACCACCGCCACGCCACCGCCGAAGACGACGCCGAGUCGAGCUGCGGCAGCAGCGAUUCCGCGGCGGUGGGGUCCACAAACGGGAGGAUUAUGAUGUGUAGGCGGUGCGGGGAGAAGGAGACGAGUGUGUUGGUUUUGCCAUGCAAGCAUUUGUGUUUGUGUACAGUUUGCGGGUCAAGCCUUCUCGGGUCCUGCCCCGUUUGUGACUCCAUUAUGGAUGGUAGUCUCCAUGUUAACAUGUCUUCAUGAAAAAAAAGAAAAAGAAAAAAAAAAGAAUACCUUUUUACAAAUGUAUUAUACACAAUUUUUUCAUUAUUUGAUUGGUCAUUAACGAUAUUAGAAUUCGGUAUGACAUUAUUGAUUCCGUAUAUUACCCUUAUUAGAAUUAGUCAGAAACGUUAUUGAGACAGGUAUAACAUUAUCAAUUCGGUAUAUUAGCCUUAU